UUGUGUCGUGCGACCCCUGGUGCCAUGCUGAGACACCAGUGCUGUUGUGCUUUCUAUUCAUGCUACUGGGGGGAGCUGGGUCUCUGCCAUGCCUCUGUGCUACCACCAAUCCGGCGUGGCCAUGCCGGUCAUGUGACCCGUGCCUCGCGGACCAAUAGCCUUUCUUCUCGCUCCUUAAAAUCGCCUGCAAUAAACGCGGGAGAGCAGUCUCCCGUCAGUCUUGCCGAAGCUUGGUCUCUGCGUCGUCACUCCGCGCGCCCUCCCGUCGUUCGGCCUCUCCGUCGGCCCGCCGCGGGUUACGCCGCGCUCCUGCCCUACACAACACAUGGCGACGAGGUAGUUGAACCGCUACGCUACUACAACAGGCGACGCCAGGAAGAGCACGACGUACGUGACACUACGCUACGGGUCACAUUUUUCUGCUGCGCGUCGGUGCUGCUUCCUGCACGCUACAAGCGCGUCGACCUGACUUCGCUUUGUUCCCGCUCCGGCUCCCUCUACGGCGCCACCUUCCUGCUUGAGCCUACGGCCUACCUCCUGAACACAUGGCGACGAGUUACUGAACCCGGUUCAACAGGCGACGCCAGGAAGAGCACGACGUACACCUGAAGGCGGCCGGCGGAAGCGGCUGGGAGGACGAAAGACGCGCGUCAGCACUUCUCAGCGCGCUCGGUGUCGAGGGCCAGCGGAAAUACUUCGCCGCGCAGGAGCAGCUCGAAGCUCAAGGCGUCCAAAAUGCUCCACACACAGCCAGCACGCCGGCGGCGUUGGGCACAGGUGCGGUGUCGACGACGGAAGCGGCGGCGGCGACGGAGUACGACACGUUGCUUCAAUUCCU